AUGAAAGAAAAGUUACAGAGGAGGAAAAGUCUUGACCGACGUAGACUGGAAGAGGCUUUUUUAUUGUAUGCUGUUCUGAAGGUGCACUUUGCAUAUGACUUAAAUGUUGAUCACAUUGAUCACGAUAGAAAUGUCUUGGUUCAGAAGGUGACUGAAACCUUUAGGGAACGGUUUCUGGAAAAAUGGAGUGGUAAGUUGUUUAGUAAACAGUAUGAUAGGACUGCAUAUUAAAGAUGAUUUCCACUCUGUUCUGCAUAUCAGCUGAGAUAUAAACAUUGCCCAUAUUUUGCAUCUUUCGAACUUUUUUGAAUUGAAACGUAGAGUUUAGUACAUUCAAUUACAAGCAUAGCCAAGCAGAGAAGUGUUAGAUAUUCAGUAUAUCAUAUUUUAGAAAUAUACAGUACUGUAGCAGUUCAAAACAUAAACAAAGUUUGCGCAUAUGCACGGGAGUGGACAUCAUCUUCAAAUUAUAUAGAUAUAAAAGUAUACAGUAUAGCUGCAUUUUAAAUAUUGACAGUUUAAAUUUACAGCUUCCAAAAAUGCAUAAAUUUACUCAUUUUCAGAAAUUAGAAGAUUUUGCCUGAAUGAGACAUGCUAAACCAAUUCUGUUUUUUUUAGUAAUUAGUAAAAACGUAUCUAUAUAGGUGUUUGGAGUUGGUUUGAUUCAGUUUUAUACAACAAUAUAUUAGGUAAAAAAUUCAAGUUAAAUUUAAAGUAGAACUAGAAGUUAGUACUGGUCACAAUUUGGGGCAGUAUCAAUUGUAAAGUUAAAUUUGUAUCCUUCAAAAAAAAUUGAAUUACAAAUUGGCAUAUAAAGUCAUUGUAGCACAGUUUGUAAACAUACCGGUAUAUAACAAAAUCUAAUUUUAUCUAUCUUAAUUCUAAUUCAGGACACAGGUGCAAGGUAAAAGGUUGUGGGUCGAUAAUAGUUUUGGAUGGCAACAUGAAAAACGCAAGAACUGUUUGCAGUUGCAAUAACGUUGGGGAGAUUAUAUUUGAUAGAAUUGGAAGUGUGCUUAUUGGUAAUAUAUUAUGCUUUACUUUAAACAGGAUGUUUUAAGACACUAUUUUAGUCUGUGUAAUGUCAUAAUAUUUGUGUAACACCAAUGAUUUUAGGCUACUUGUCAAGCGUAGAGUCUUGCACAGCAUAGAGGGUUAAAUUAACGAAUAAACAUGCAAAUAAGCUUCACUCAUGCAUGCAGUCAAUGUGCGGUAUAUAUAUAUAUAUAUUAUAAUGUCCUGUGCUAUUAGCCUAUUAAGAAUUUGAACUUGCAUUCCCUUUCGUUCAGUUUAGUUUGAAAUUAUGAAACACUUUUGCAUACUAACAGCUUUGAAUCAGAAAGGUUACUUGUUUUUAUUUUAAUGAACGUAACUGCCCCAUAUUCUUUUAGGUUGUCCAAACACACCUGGGAAGGGAAUCCGGUAUUGUCCAAGUCACGAGGGACUUGCAAGAAAAUAUGUAGAUGAUAAGAAUGCUAUGGAAAAUGAAGGGGGGAAAGGAUCGUCAACAGAUGAGGAUUUAAUGAUCAUUAAGAUACUAAGUAAUAAAUUGACAAGACAAGGAAAUUUUUGUGAGGUAAGAUGUUGCUUGCUUAGUUAUUUUGUGAAAUUUUCCACUGUGGAUUGAUGUACUGUAUGUUAUUAUGGACAAUAUUUUUGUUGUAAGUUACGUUCUGGUUUAUAAAUAUCAGCAAUGUUGGUACAGGCACAUUAAAAUUAUUGAAAACUUAAAUUUUUUCUAUAAAACUAUAGCUCCAACGAUAGUUAAAAUAUGAGUAUUAAACAUAAUUGUUACAGCAUUUGUUAAAAAUACAGUAUAAUUUAUUAAUGCCUAUGCAGCUAUGAAAAUUGUACUUCUGAACUAGAAAUACAAUAAUACAUGCAUGUAGCAAACCAAACGCCUAUAUGUUCUAAACAUUAAUUUAACAGCCACAGAGGAGAGAUAUACAGAGAGGAAACUGACACUCGAUAACCUUAAUAUUUGUGUCACGCUUUCCACAUGCCAUGCAAAAUUUCCCAGCCAGUGCCGUCGCUGAAAUUUAAUAGGAAAAGAUAGGGAAAACGACGUUUGUUUGUGCUCGUAUCCCAGCAGCUUUUCGCGCUUUAGCCUUUUCUGCUCGCUUUGCUCUGGGACAACUUUAAUCGUAUGCUUUCCUUUCCCUGGGUUUAAAUAGCCGGGCGGAAUUAGUAUUCUUGCCCUGGGGAUUAAUGUUAAACAUUUACUGUAGGUUGAAUGGUGCAAUGGUGUAACAUCAUGGAUAAAAGAAAGCAAUUUGCCGCCAAACCUUAGAGGUUUAAAAGUGAAAAAUGUUGUUAAAGUAGUAGAUGUUGUUGAAUUUGGAAAGAAGUUGCGUUUUUUAGUAAAGGAUGAGAAUUAUGAGAAAAAUAAUAACACCAAAAAAAUGCAAAAGUAAGUGGAAGGGAGUAGUAAAAAUGUUAAAGUUUUUUAUAGUUAGCAUAAUUAUUAAUUUUAACCAAUGUUUCUACAUUUCAGCAUGUUUCUGAUGACGGUUAGACUUUCAUACUCUGACACCUUUUAAAAUUACUCUGUGUACUCCAGCAGAAAACAAUUAUUAACAUAAAUUGUUAAUUGAUGUAUUUAGCAAUGGUUUUGGUAUUGCUGAUAAAGAAGAUGAUAUGGUUGAAGAAGGUAACGAGGGAGGAAGGAAGCUAGUGUGUGGAACCGCAAAAGAAAAGCACAAAGCCAAAAACCUGAAAACAGCUGGUAAGUGUGUAUCUACACCGGCCAGGCUUGAAAAAUAUGCCUGGCCACAGUGGGAUUGGAACCUACGACCUUUGGAAUACUAGCCCAAUGCUCUGCCAACUGAGCUAUGCGGUCAGGACGGUUCGAGUAUGUGAUAUUUCAGAACUGAUUCUAGUUCCAUCGAUAUUUAUUUCCAUGAUUAUUAGAUUACUUUACGAAGGAACUAGAAUCAGUUCUGAAAUAUCACAUACUGGAACCGUCCUGACCGCGUAGCUGAGUUAGGAGAGCGUUCGGCUAGCAUUCCAAAGGUGGUAGGUUCGAUUCCGACCGUGACCAGGCAUAUUUUUCAAGCUUGCCCGAUGUGGAUACACUCAGAGUAACAUCACAAACAUCAUAUUCACCUGAGUACACAACACCAACACAGAAAAAAGAUGGUAUUUCUGUUGAAAAGAAAGGUUUUAGUGACAUACACUGGAAUAUGUUUCUAUUUUACACAAAAGAGAAUGAUUUUUCAGGUUUAUUGGUUACGACGUAUUAUAUUUUGAUAUUUUUGCACAUUGUCAAGUGGAUAUAACAAAUCCUACAAGUUGAUUGGUCAAAUUUGACGUAUUAAGCUGUUAUAUUCACCUGCAGGUGAAUAGAACAAAACCGCGAAAUUUGCAGAAUGGCGCUAGCCGUUUUGUGGAAGAUAAAGAAAUAGCGAAAUUAAAAUAAAUUCACUUUCAGAAAACACAAAAUACGUAAAAAAAACUAAAACAAUGUUCGCCUCAUGCUAACGUAACAUAUUGAAUCACAUUAAUGAAUUAAUAAAAGUAUCAAACAAUUUGAUGUAACUAUUUUUUAGGUUGUCUUGCUUUUCAAUGGCCUUGCGGUAUUGUUAUAAGUAUUGCAGAAAUGUUUAACUGCGAGUCCAAGAGCCAGGUGUACGGAUAUUUACAUGAAAUAAUGCAGGAAGACAAUAUGUCAACAGUUCGUAAGUUAUGCUAAAAUAAAGUAUUAGCAAUAAUUGACGUUCAUAUGGCGUGAGGUGGAGGUCAAGGGUAUGUGUGAAGGGUAAAGGACAGCUUUUAUAUUAGAGGGCCAGCCAACCUCAAUAAAAGUGUCUCUAAAAUAUGCCAUUGAUGGCAUUUUUUGUUACAAGCUGGCAACUGGUGUUUUCGUAUAGCUUAGAUACUGGAGAAUAACGUUUGAUAGGUUGCCACCUCUGAUAUUGGCUUUGAAGAGAAAAAUUUUGAGAAUCUGGAAACUUUGCCUAUUAAAAUUGCUAUGCUCACUAAACUAUGAAAUUUGAAACCAACGUUCAGCUAAAAUCACCCAUAUAAUCAGAAAGUUCGGAAAGAAGUAGAUAUAGUGAAGUGAGAAGGGUGAAUUUAUAACCCUGUUUUGAGUUACAGGCACUUAAAGUUGCUAAAGAGCUGCUUUUUUGACGUCAUUCACCGCAUUUUACCUAUUUUUAAGUGUUCAUAACUCGAAUUUGGCUAAAUAAAUCGUAUUACUCGUUUAAAUGUCUUAUAUAUACUUUUUAUGCUCUUUCUAACGAUAUAAACGAUGCUAAUUUAAGAACUUCAAAUUUCACAUUUUUUGUGGAGUAUAAUAAUUUAAUAGACAAACUUUUCAAAUGCUUAAAUUUUUCUCUUCGUUCGUUAAAAUCAGAGGUAGCAACAUAUCAAACGUGACUCACCAGUGUUUAACCUGUAAGAAAACGCUUGUUGUUUGCUUGUAACAAAAAAUGCCAUCGACAGCCGUAUUUUGAUCGGCUGGCUGGCCGUCUAUAUUGUUUUAUAUUGCCUUUUAUAAUAGUCGGAGAACUCAUUUACAUCGUUGACAGCCAUUUUGUUGUUUGUUUUUUAUUUGACCUCAGUUAAAUGAUUGACCGCUACUUCAGUAAAAUAUCACGUGAUUGAUGCCAAGAAUAAGAACCCGUGUUUUGUCAAGGUGUCUAGAGAGGCUUAAACGUGAUAUGGUCACAGAGUCAUACGAUGGAAGAAGCCGUCACAAUAUUUUUCUGUGUACUGUAAAUGAAAUACGAAAAACAACUUUCCGGACUUGAUAGGACAGUCACGUUUUCAUGUCAAUACAAUUUAGGGAGUGUAUUUUAAUCCCUGGUCAUGAAAUCAUUUUUAAUUUUUACAUAGGAACAAUCUGUUACGAUGACGCGUGCCAUUUGUUGCGGUAUGCACAGAAUCCUAAGAGGUUAAACCUUACUGAUACUAGUAAGCGAAUUGGCGGAACGACAAUUGUGGUGGACAAGUUCCAUUUUAGGAACCAUGUGGAUGAGUGGUGUAAGAAGCAUUGCAAUCCAUACAAAUGUACGGAUUUGGACGAGGUAAACCAUUUUAUAUAA